AUGUCCUCAAAUUCUAGCCUGCUACUUCCCAUCGCUGCUCAUGGUCCAAGAGUAACAACAAGUCUUGUUCAUCCUUUCGUUCUUCCUACAUCCAAUCAUCCAAAACGUCGUGGUAGCAUUGGAACGAAUACUUUGUGGCUCGGACGAUUUGACAGCUCAUUGGCUCCAUAUAUUAAACGCGAAGUCCCAUGUUCACCUGAACUUCAAGCCCUGCCAUCACCAACGAAAUCCUCGGACCCUGAUUUCUAUUUCUACGUCAUCUCUGCCAAGCAUCAAGAUUUCUUCAGAAAAGACAUGCGAGUACCACCCUGCCUCAAUGUCGAGAAAUCUUGA